AUGACAGAUCCGCCUAAAAACCCAAAGUCUCAUAAGCGGCAUAAGUCAUCGGCUCUGAAUAUUGGCUAUUAUUUUUCUAUAGAUAACCAGGGUGUCCAGUCUACCCAACUGGCGAGUCGUGGUAACGAGGACGAAGGAAGUGCUGUCUAUGAAGGAACUUCAUAUGGAAUGGAAGUAGCAUCCAAUGAAGUAGGUCAACCGAUAUCAUCGCAGAGCCAACAAAUUCUGGAAAGCCUGGCCCUAACUCACAAUCCUGUGGAAGAGAACCCCUCGAGCCAGUAUUUUCAUUAUAAUCCCACUUUUCAGCAGCCUGUAUACGGUCCUUUGGACCCAUCAGGUACUUCAGAACAACAAGUCUAUCUGUCUUCUUCGUCAUUUCCGCUUAGUGUAUCAUCAUACCCGCCCCAGAUCGCUUCGUCGUCGUCAAGUCAAUAUCCAACGUCGAUAGAGCAGGCCAAUAUGUAUAAUUUUAACUUUCCAAAAAGUCUGGAUUACGCAGCUCCAGUAGUUUCUGCAUCACCUGCUCCAUCGAAGACACCGAAGCUGCAUAAUAGAGGUAAUAUGUCAAUAUCAUCUCAUUUUAAUUUAUUUUCCCUCACUGAUGAAAUUGACAAAAAAUCAGACAAGCAAACAUCAACAAAUUUAAACGCAGUUAUGUUAAAUGAAAUAUUGAUGAAUUUGAUUUCUGUUGAUGUUUCUAAUAUUAAUCACUUUUUACUUGGUGUUCUUUACAAGUUUGACUCGUCAAUCCCUCUUGACGAUUUUUACACCAUCCUUUAUAAUAGUGAUGACGGUGUAAAAUUGUUGACGGAAAUAAAUUUCGAAAACAAAAUUGAUAAGACUAUAGUUAGCAGCAAUAAAAUGGGAGCAAUUAAUACUGUUGCUCAAAUUUUGAACGUCUUCAAAAAUCCUGGCCUCUUAUUUGAAUACCUUCCCCAGCUCAGUGAUAGAGAAAAUAAAUUCAAUAAUAUCAAUUAUCACGAAUUAUUGAGAACUUUUUUGGCAAUAAAAAUUCUAUAUGAGCUUCUUGUUCUUCUACCUCGUGAUUCUAAUGAAAACCCCCAAAAUCAUACUAUUCCAAGGCUAUCCAUCUACAAGACAUAUUAUAUUGUCUGUCAGAAGUUAAUCUCAAUGUAUCCGAGUACCUCUAAUACACCAAGCGAACAACAAAAAAUAAUUCUUGGUCAGUCUAAACUCGGAAAGUUAAUUAAAUUAGUUUAUCCUAACUUAUUGAUUAAGAGACUAGGUAGCCGGGGAGAAUCCAAAUACAAGUAUCUUGGAGUGUUUUGGAACGAGAAUAUUGUUAACGACGAUAUCAAGAGGCUUUGUGACGAGAAUGAAUUGAUAGAAUUGAACGACAUAUUUGCGAAGAAAAGAAACGAUCCUCGCCCAGUGCCAUCACAAGCAACAGCUCCUCUUUCUCAGAUACCUGAUGUGGCAUCACCAACUGUUGGUACGCCGAAUGUGCAUGGUGGUGGAAGCAGAGGAUCGAAUGCGGAAAGAGAAGUUUUUCUCUACGAUAUACCCUCAAAUCUAUCGUUCAUUAAGCCUUCUUUCAAGUAUCCUUUAGAUAGCUCUUUUUCAAACAUCAGAAAUGGAGAGCACUCGUGGUUUACUGUCACCAAGAAUCAAAUUUACAAAAGAGAAUCCAUGCCUAUUAAGCCGGAUCAAAUAAAACAAGUUUUUCUAGAAGCAUCAAAUUUAGAGGAAGAUGGAACCUUGCUUGAUAAUUUUCUUGAUUUCAUAAUUAAGCCCAUCGUCAAAAUCAAACCACAUGAAGAGAAUUUAGAUCUAGGUAUUUAUUUGCUCAUUAUUAUAGAGCUUUUGCCGUAUUUUCUUUUAACAGAUACGUCCAAUGAUUUAGAUUUUCUAAAGCACCUCAGGCUGAACUUGCUUGACUUCAUACGGAAUUAUAAACAUGAAAUCCUAAAAUUGGGCAAUUAUAAGAGCUUCAUUCUUAGCAAUGCUACUAUAUUUUUAGUAAUGUUGAAAAAAUUAGUGAAUUUAAAUGACCUUAUGCUCACUUUUGUUAAAUUAAUCACAAAUAAUGAUACAAGAAAUUUAAUGUUAAGAGACUUCAAAGGGUUCUUGCUGACUAACUCAGGAAUUUCAGGUAUCGAUGAUCGCGAUCUUAAUAGAGGUGGUACGGGGGAUGGUUAUAUAUUUCAAGAUUUGAUCUAUACAUUACUUGGGUUCAAUUUUGAAUCUAAAGGUGAAUCGAGUUUGAAUGAUGUUAUACCUCGAACUGAUCUUCAAAAUGAAGUCUCCAUAAUAGACAAUUUUUUUAAAAAGCAUGUGUUGGAUUUCUUGGGAGGCAAUCAUGAACAUGAAUCGCCUCACUCUUCAGUUGAAAGCAAUAAACUGGAGGACUUUAAUUCAAUUCUAAAUACCUCAGAACUGGAGAAACUUUGUUCGCUAAUAUCUCUCGUUGAUCAAAAGCUAUUAACUACGGAACUUAAGUCUAGGUUUCCAAUUUUGAUUUUCAAUCAUCUUAUAAAUUUUGUACUCAACGACAUACUUAAGCAGAUAUUCUUUAAUCAGCAGGAGAAGCAUCAACAGCUGUCUAUUGUGGGUGCCAUCAUUGAUACGGGAUCGAAGGAUAGCAGCUUUGGUAGUUUAUGGGUGUUCAAUUCAUUUAUUCAAGAAUAUUUGAGUCUUAUAGGUGAGAUAGUCAGCGCAAGUGAUCUACUUUAG